GUGGGAGCAUGCGCGCGCAUGCGCAGCACGGCUGGACACGGCGGCGGCUGCGGAAUCUGGCGCUGCCGGGGCCACGGGCGCCAUGUCGGGCCGCUCGGUGCGGGCCGAGACCCGCAGCCGGGCCAAGGAUGACAUCAAGAAAGUCAUGGCGGCCAUCGAGCGCGUCCGCAAAUGGGAGAAGAAAUGGGUGACGGUGGGAGACACGUCUCUGCGGAUAUUCAAGUGGGUUCCUGUGGCCGACAGCAAAGAGAAAGAGAAGUCCAAAUCCAGCGACACGGCGGCUGCCCGGGAGCCAAACGGCUUUCCAGCCGAAGGCGCAGCCAACUCGUCACUCCUCCUGGAAUUCCAGGACGAAAACAGCAACCAGAGCUCCCUCUCGGACCCUUACCAGCUGAAGGCAGACAGCAGCCCCGCUUCCAGCCCCAGCCCCCAGCAGAGCGAGUCCAUGAGCCCCAGCCACGCAUCCGACUUCCGCACCGACGACUCGCAGCCGCCCACGCUGGGGCAGGAGCCCCUGGAAGAGCCUGCCCUCCCUCCCUCUGAAGUAGCCGACGAGCCUCCGACUCUCACAAAGGAAGAGCCGGUUCCGCUUGAGGCUCAGGUCACUGGCGGGGAGGAGGACUCUGGCGCGCCUCCGCUCAAGAGGUUUUGCACGGAUCAGAACGCCCCAAGCCACGCGGCCUCCGAGAGCUAGCUGGCCUGCUUCUCCCCCCCCCCCCAUGGCGUGGCCCUUCCCAAGAGUCGGCUGGCCCCCAGGAUGCCACUCUCUUUGGCAGUCGGUAUUCUCUUCCACCUCUGUGUCCCUCUGAGAAUCAACUUGCCGUUCCCGUGGCCCCUCCAGGCACCGGCUCUCCCUGCUCCUUCCCCCCCCAUGUAAUAUUCUUCUCUCCUCCUCCCCCCCCCCCCCCCGCUGGCCAGCCACAUCCUCCCGAUUUGCACGCCCCAGGGCAAGGUGUUGCAGCCUCUCCUGUAUGCUUUUAAUUUAUCCUCUUUGUGGCUCUGGGGACCGCGGCUGCAGAUGUUUCUGUAGAAAAGAGGAGUUGUCGGCACUUCAUGGGUGGUCCCAGGUCCGCCCGCCCACCCCCUCCUUCCUCCUCCGCUUGGCGGAAGGGCAGGAUCUGGUGGGCAGUCCAGCUGGGAUGCUGUGCAAUAGUUGUGGGGUGAAGCCAUUAGCACUGGAGCGAGGCAGAUCUCUGCACCCAGGCAAGGGGACCCGCUGGAGCUGGGAGGUGUACUGGGAAGCAGAAGCUGGGCCUAUCCUGGCUUCAGGGACCCUGUUUCCAAGCAGUCCUCCCGGGGGCCACCCGCCACCAACCACCUGGCCCCUCCUGCCUCUGCAGACCUGUCUGCUCCAUCACGAUCUGCACAUGGAAUGGAGUUUGCGAUCGAGGCCCUGCUGCGGCCAGGAAUGCCAGCCGCACAGGGAAGCAAAGAGAUAUUUUAGCACUGAAGAGAAUAUUUUUAAAAUUAAACUAUUUGAAAUAGA